CUUGUUUUUCGCUUCAGGCACUGCCAUCAUGGGCUUCACCAAGGAGGCUGCCAGUAUUGGCAUCAUCGGAAUGGGUGAUAUGGGCAAAAUGUAUGCCCAGCGCCUCAGUGCCGCAGGAUGGAGGAUUAAUGCAUGUGACAAACUCGAUUUGUAUGAGGACUUGAAAAAAGAAUUUGAAUCCCAACAAGGUGUUACCGUAUACCCGAAUGGACACCUGGUUUCUAGGAUUAGCGAUUACAUCAUUUACAGCGUAGAGGCCGGUGUCAUUGACAAGGUAGUCGCUGAGUAUGGCCCAUCCACCAAGGUCGGCGCAAUCGUUGGAGGUCAAACGUCCUGCAAGGCCCCGGAGCUUGCUGCAUUCGAUAAACAUCUUCCCCCGGAUGUAGAAAUUGUAUCCUGCCAUUCGCUCCAUGGGCCCAAGGUCAACCCCAAGGGCCAACCACUGGUCCUGAUCCAACACCGUGCGUCCGAUGAGAGCCUCAGAUUCGUCGAAGAAGUCCUAUCAUGCUUCGGCUCCGAAUACGUCUAUCUAACGGGAGAGAUGCAUGACCGGAUCACCGCCGACACGCAGGCGGUUACACACGCCGCCUUUCUGAGCAUGGGCACGGCUUGGCAAGCAAACAAUCAGUUCCCCUGGGAAUUUUCCCGCUGGGUCGGCGGCAUCGAGAACGUCAAGAUCAACAUCACCCUGCGCAUUUACUCCAACAAGUGGCACGUGUACGCGGGACUCGCCAUUCUCAACCCGGCGGCGAAGAAGCAGAUCCGCCAGUAUGCCGAAUCGGUGACCGAACUCUAUAAGCUCAUGAUCGAGGGCCGUCGCGAAGAGCUCAAACAGCGCGUCAAGGCUGCAGGCGAGGCCGUUUUCAAGGCGGGGACCGAGAGUCAAGAGCUGCUGCUGAAGGACGAGGUGCUUGAUCGCUUCUCUUUGUCGAAUGGUCCGCGCGAGAAGACGCCGCCCAACAAUCACCUCAGUUUGCUUGCCAUCGUCGACUGCUGGUCCAAACUCGGAAUCGUGCCUUAUGACCAUAUGAUCUGCUCAACACCUCUCUUCCGUCUCUGGCUAGGAGUCACAGAGUACCUGUUUCGCAGCCCCGAACUCCUCGACGAGGCUCUCGACACCGCCAUCGAUGACAAGACGUUCCGGUCCGACGACUUGGAAUUCACUUUCGCAGCCCGGGCGUGGUCCGACUGUGUCUCGUUCGGUGAUUUCCAGUCCUACCGCGAUCGCUUCGAACGUAUCCAGCAGUACUUCGCCCCACGAUUCCCCGAAGCCGUCAAGCUAGGCAACGAAAUGAUGAAGACCAUCCUGGAAAAGACCACCCCCGGAAAUGCCUAAAAUUAGAAGCCCGCUUCCCCCGGGGAAAAUUGUAUCAGAAUGAGAAACCAUGACAGCUUUUCCCUAAAACAACCACAUAAUAAGCCAAAAAAAAAAAAAACCAGACUAAAGGAAAGGUCAAG